GCAGCAUCACAGCCAUCGCCAGCUGCAGCCCCUCAACUCUCGGACGACCUCAACCUCGUCAGGUGCGGGCGCAUUCUAGAAACCAAUCGACCUCAACACACGACCGCCUGCUCGGGCUACACCACGGAGAGCCAGGAGACUGCCCAAUCUCGGCCACCAGAUGAACGAUAUUGCUAGUACGCACAGCACCUCGAUUAGAGCACGGCAGCCAACAAACACCAGUAUCCCACGACCAAGACGCUCGCACUAGGCCUUGUAAGUUGUGUUGCGACCGAAGCGACAAACACAUCAUUCGGCACCACUACAUUCAGCUCCAGCGGUUUCAUUCCAAGACACCUUUGGCUGCCGCCCGGCAACAGUCUCAUCGCCAUGGACAAGUCGGACGACUCAUCUGCAACUGCGCCGCCGCUGACGAGCAUGGCCAGCAACUCCUCUGGCGCCGUCGACCUGCAACGCCCCAGCUCGCGGCAGAGCAUCGGUAGCGGCGCCCACAAGCCUUCGCAGGUCCAGCCUCCGCACGUCGCCGCUCAUCGUCAGAGCUUCGUCGAGAACCUCCGGAAUCCCCCGCCCUCGCCACGCUCGCAUCGCCACCUUUCCUUCACCCAGUCGGCCCUGCAGGAGCUGUUGAGCCAUCCGCCUUCAUCACAAGCUCCGAACCCGCAGUUUGCUGGCAGAGACUGGCGCGAUGUCGCUGUUGGAGAGCUCGUCUCGCAAGAUGAAGUUAAAUGGGUCGAUAUGGACACCAGUGUCGAGGAGGCAACAAUGGUUCUCCUAAAAAGCGCACCAUCAAAUGUCGUGCUGGUCAAGGAAACGGCAACCGACAAGACAGCCAUCUCGACAUUUGAUUUCAACGACCUGAACGCCUACUUACUAGUAGUGGUGGGCCUUGCCCAGCCCGAGGAGGACCAGGUGGCGCUGUACCACGAGAUCGCCACCAAGGCCCGGGAGCGGGUCGCCAUCCCGCUACGUGACAUCCAGCCCAUCUGCCGCAAGGAGAUGCUGGUGACUUUUGAUGGAGAGGAGCCCCUUUCCAGAGGCAUCGAGGUUCUUGGGAGCGGCAUCCAUCGGAUUCUAGUCACCAGCAGCAACUCGGAUCUGGUUGGCAUCCUCAGCCAGCUCAAGGUGCUGGAGUUCUUCUGGAACGAGGCCGUCAGCUUCCCCGUCAUCGACCGGCUCUACCCGGCCCCUCUGCGCGAGCUCAGUCUGGGCACACAUCAGAUAAUUGCCAUCAACGCCGACCGGCCCCUUGCGGACGCCCUGACGCUGAUGAACAACGAGGGGUUGACAUCGGUUGCAGUAGUGGACAACGGCCUUAAUGUGGUUGGUAACAUAAGCACCGCCGACGUUCGUCACCUCACCUCGGCCGCUAGCAUGCCGCUUCUCGAGUCGACGUGCAUGAACUUCAUCAGCGUCAUCCUUUCGGAGCGCGGCGUCGAGAAGGGCCGCGAUUCUUUCCCCGUGUUCUACGUGAACCCCUACUCGACCCUCGCCCACACAGUUGCAAAGUUGACGGCGACGCAAUCGCACCGUAUGUGGGUCGUCGAGGGCGCUUCGCCCUCACCGAGCGUCCCCGGCACGCCUCUGCUCCAGCCCGUGUCCUCGUCAUCAUCCGGUGCCGCGGCCGUGGCGGCACCGCCGGCGGGCACCGCGACCUCCAUGGCCGGCGGUUCGCCCGCGACCGCCACCUCAACGGCUCCCGGCUCGACCGUGCUAGUCUCGGCCCCCGUGUCUGGGAACCCAACUCCGCAGACGCCCGUGCAGUCGGUGCCGGCGGCGGCGCUGCCCGGCUCCCACCUGUCGGGCCGUCUGACGGGCGUCGUCUCCCUGACGGACAUACUCAACAUGUUUGCCAAAUCUUCGGGUCUCAAUCCGUCGGACCCCAGCGAGCAGCGCUCCAGGCGCCGCCGCAGCUCCAGCGUGAGUGUGCGGCCAAGUCUAGAGUCUUCCAGGGCCAGCCAAGACUACAUCAGAAGGUGAGGCUCGGAGGUCUGCUCGUUUUCCCCCCCUCGUUUCUAUCUGUUCUUCUAGACGCGUCACAUCGCACAACGCAAGUCUACCCCCAUAUGAGAAGGGGGACGUUUCACAGUUACGGAUGGCUUUUGCGUGGGAGAUUGAAGUGUGGGUUAGCCAAAUCCUCCGAAAAGAGGGCAAUGAUUAUGGAAUCCCUGGUCCUCUGCCACGAUGACGACGACGACAUAGUUUCCCACUACGUUUAGCAAGCAAAUGAGACUCGGAGCGAGGUACUCAGACACUAGUUUCUUGUCGCGGAAAUGCACUUGCCAAGGGAUUCCUGGCGCUCUUUGGUUAGCGUCCAUACAAACUUGGCCAGAACCCGCACAUACUAGUCGACAACGCACACUAAGGGGAAUCAGAUACUCGGUGUUUACUCGAUGUAUCCUUGAUACCUGGGUAGUGCUCUCUACAUCCAUCCAAGUGCCGUUAACGCGCCGAACCUUUAAACGGGUAAUUGAAUUGCAUGUGGCUACACCACUGUUUGUUGCUAUAAUCUUGGGGAUAUAGAAUUAGAGUGCUUGAUUGGCAAGUGCUUUUAUGUACCUCAUGUUCCUGCGCUUAUUUUGUUCUUGGUUAUCUUCUUCUUUCUGUUCCGGCUCUUAUCCCGAUUCCGAUUCCUAUUCCUGGCACGUUGACGGCACUCAAAGGGAUAAGUAGGCGCCCAGGUACGUGCCGACCCGAUGGAAGCAGUCAGACCCAGAGCGCUUUAAAUCACGACAUUAUCAACUACACACACACACACACACACACAUAUGUGCAUAUAAAGGCGAGACACCAAAGAGCGGAUAGCAGGAUUUGCUUGAAGAUUUGCGAGCCUGCUAACGAGGCGUUAAAGACAAAAACAGCACCCCCGUGGAAUACAUGGAAGCGCUCGUCCUCCACUCCUGAUCCAAUGCCCAGAACGCUCGAGCAAAAGGCACCUAAUUCUCACAACGCCGGCAACGAGUAUAUACACAAGCGUCUGCUUACGACUCCUCAAUCCUCAAAACAAACCGGCAAGUAUGCGAAACAGAAAACACAAAGCAAAUAUAGACAGCAGUCAUACAUUAGGUGUUACAGGGGUU